CUUGUAAUGAGCGAAAUAACUCCCUAUAUUUCCAUUUGGACCAUUUUUUGUAGUUCCACUUGCGCAUGGUCAGUCACUGAGGUGCAUAUUCAGCGACACCUUUUCCCAGCAAAAGAGCCCCAAGUCCACUCAAGCUUCACUGUUUAGCUAGAGGUCCACCGGUAAACGGAGUGCCUCAUUUGACGCACUGGCCGCAAAUUCCCGGUAACCAUCCGGAAAAAGAAGGCCAAUCGGCAGCCGCCAUUCUCCGUUCCGCAGAGAUCCAGAGAAGCAAUAAGGACUCUCUUUGCAGCCACUCCGACCAAUCCAAUAGAAGGGAAAUGGCGAGCAAGGUGUCGAAUUUCUCGGAUCUGAUCCAACGAGUCGCGGCCUCAUGCUUGCUGCACCCGCUCGCGGCGGGGCGGCACGAGUCCGGCGGGAAUCGAGCCGUAGACGAGGACGAAGAGUACGAGUCCGAUUAUCAGGAAGACGAAGAAGAAGAAGAAGAAAGCGAAGAGGAAAAGGAAAGGUGUAGGGCUUGGGAGGGAACAAAGGAGGAGGUGAGGGUAGAGAGAGUGGUGGAGAUGGAGAGGCUGAUGAGCGAGGUUUUCGACGCCGUUUCGGCGAUGAAGAGGGCCUACGUGGGCCUACAAGAAUCGCAUUGCCCGUGGGACCCGGAGAAGAUGAGGGUGGCUGACGUGGCGGUGGUGGCGGAGCUGAGGAGGCUCGGAGUGUUGAGGGAGAGAUUUAGGAGGAGGAUGAGGAGGGGUUGUGGCGGGGACGCGUUUGGUGCACGGAGGAGGAGGGUGAGUGGGGGCGUGGCAGUGAGGGAGGUGGUGGCUCCGUACGAGUCGGCGGUAGAGGAGCUGAAGAGGGAGGUGAAGGCGCGGGAAUCGGAGGUUGAGAGUCUCAAGGAGAAGCUUAGGAACGUCGCCGUUUCGAGCCUGGGCCUUAGUGGGACCAAUGGGAAGAAGGGAAGCGCUGGGUCGAACCAUUCAAAGCGGAAGCUCUACUGCACUAUUCAAGGUCAAGUUGCACCACGCCCAGCACCAGAGCUUUUUGAAGCCACAAUGAGGCAGGUGAAAGAGGCAUCCAAGUCCUUCACAUCCCUCCUCCUCUCCCUCAUGCGCUCUGCCAGGUGGGACAUAGCUGCCGCCGUGCGUUCCAUCGAGGCUGCCACUGCCACUGCCACCGACACAGACUUUCCCACCACCACCACCUUAGUCAUUGCACCCCACCAUGCCAAAUACGCUCUCGAAUCGUACGUUUCACGCAAACUCUUCCAAGCCUUCGACCACGAGACCUUCUACAUGGAUGGCAGCCUCUCCUCCCUCCUCAACCCCGACCAGUUCCGUUGCGACUGCUUCACCCAGUACCGCGACAUGAAGGCCAUGGACCCCACCGAGCUUCUUGGAAUCUUACCCACCUGCAACUUCGGGAAGUUUUGCUCCAAGAAGUACCUCUCUAUUGUCCAUCCCAAGAUGGAGGAGUCUUUGUUCGGAGACUCGGAGCAGCGACGCCAGAUCUUGACCGGAAACCACCCCAGGACUCAGUUUUACGGGGAGUUCUUAGUGCUUGCGAAGUCUGUGUGGCUGCUUCACUUGCUGGCAUUCUCGCUUGACCCGACACCUAGUCAGUUCGAGGCCAGUCGCGGGGCUGAGUUUCAUCCACAAUAUAUGGAGAGUGUUGUUCGGUUUCCCGGUGGGCGAGUGCCUGCGGGUCAGGUCGUCGGAUUCCCGGUUAGCCCUGGAUUCAAGCUUGGCAACGGGUCGGUUAUCAAGGCUAGGGUGCACCUGAUAUCCAGGACAUGAGGUAGAACAAUUGGGCUUGUAUGUGCACCUCGCUGUUUCAUAGACAAUGGAAUAAGCUCUUUUUUAUUAUUAGCUGAUUACUAAUGUUAUUAGGAUCAUUAGAUUAGUAAUGUCGAGGUAAAUGUGAUACUGUAGUUAAGAGUACUGCAACUUUUACUACAAAGUCUUUUACAAAUUUA